UUGUUUUGUUUUUCCAUCUCUAUCUCUCACCACUACCUCCAGUGGUCCUACGCCCUGGAGAAACCCAACACAGGCAGUGUGUUCAGCCUGGCUUGGUCUGCAGACGGCACCCAGCUGGCCGGAGCUUGCGGAAACGGACAUGUCAUCUUUGCCCAUGUGGUGGAGCAGCACUGGGAGUGGAAGAACUUUGUCAUCACUCUUACCAAGAGGAGAACCAUGCAGGUGAGGAAUGUGCUAAACGAUGCAGUAGACGUAUUGGAAUUCAGGGAUCGCGUCAUCAAGGCCUCUCUGGCUUACGGUCACCUGGUGGUUGCCACUUCCCUACAGUGCUAUGUCUACAACUCAAGAAACUGGAAUACUCCUCUCAUCUUUGAACUGAAGGAGGGAACAGUCAGCCUCAUCCUGCAAGCUGAAAAACAUUUUUUACUUGUGGAUGGAGCGGGUUUAUAUACGUUCUCCUACGAGGGCCGAUUGAUAUCCUCCCCCAAGUUCCCUGGUUUGAGAGCCGACAUCUUAAAUCCCCAAAGUGUGUCUCUUAGUAACGACACAAUUGCCAUUCGUGACAAAAGUGACGAAAAAGUCAUCCUUUUCUUUGAUGUCUUGUCUGGAAAAGCUCUUGGAGAUGGGAAGCCCUUGACUCACAAGCUGGACAUAGUGGAUAUAGCUUUGGAUCAAUGUGGUCCGUCCACUGAAAGGAAAAUCGCGCUGAUUGACAAGAAUCGCGACCUUUACUUGACCUCUGUACGUCAUCCUGGGAGAGAGCCCAAAAUCUGUAAAAUUGGUAGCAUGGUUCACAGCAUGGCAUGGAAUGAUUCCGCUAACGUUUUAUGUGGAAUCCAGGAUAACCAGUUCACAGUGUGGUACUGUCCAAGUGUUGUCUUUACUGACAAAGAACUCCUGCCGAAAACGUUGCACGUGAAAGACAGCAGUGAGUUCAGCCGUGCUCCGCACAUUGUGAACUACGUUGGCUCGAAGGUGACGUUGCGCCAAAGAGAUGGUUCCCUGGUGUACAGCAGCGUGCCUCCUUAUCCUACCCUCCUGUAUGAAUACAGCACCGCUGCGCGCUGGGAGGAUGCUCUGCGUCUCUGCCGCUUCGCUAAAGACCAAUCUUUGUGGGCAUGUCUCGCUGGAAUGGCGAUGGCUAGCAGGGAGCUGGCCACAGCAGAGAUGGCAUAUGCUGCCAUUGGGGAGUUGCCACGGGUACAGUACAUUAACUUUAUUAAAGAGCAGCCAUCAAAGGAGUCUUCUUUGGCCCACAUGCUGUUGUUCAGUGGCCACGUCCAGGAGGCCGAGUCGACACUGUUACAAGCUGGUCUAAUCUACCAAGCCAUCCAAGUGAACAUCGACCUUUUCAACUGGGAGAGGGCACUGGAGCUGGCGGUCAAGCACAAAACCCAUGUGGACACUGUGCUGGCCUAUAGGCAGAAGUUCCUCCAGAAAUUUGGCAGGAAGGAGCCCAAUAAGAGGUUCCUGCAGUACUCUGAAGGGGUUGAGGUAGACUGGGAAAAAAUCCAGGCAAAGAUAGAGAUGGAGUUGUCUAAAGAGAGAGAGAAGGCUGCCAACGCCUCCACGAGGACCAGCGUGGCUUCCCGCCGUUAG